AUGGUUCGCCACGCCUCCUUCCAGCCCGACCCAGUUCAGGCCGAGAACGAGAAAUCCUUCAGUGCUCACCUCGACCAAAAGCCCGAGGAUGAGCAAAUGGAAUCUCCCUUGCAUGCAGUUGGCACGCGCACCACCGAAGCUACCGAUACUGAAAAGGGCAGUACCAGGUAUGCCGAAAGCGCGACCGGCUUAACCCACAAGCAGGAGUCGAAGAAGGCGAUCAGAAAGUUGCUUCGCAAGAUGGACUUUGGUAUCCUUCCCUUUGCGAUUCUGUUGUACUUGUCUGCAUACCUCGACAGAGGUAACUUGGCCAACGCAAAGCUGCAGGGUUUGGAAGCAGAUCUUUUGGACAGCAAGGACACCAACUAUUCCAUCGCCCUCUGCUGUUUCUUCAUCACCUACAUUGUGUUCUCCGUUCCCGGUACACUUCUGGCCAAGCAAUUCCUUCCUUCCCGGACCAUUGCCUGUGGUGCCAUGAUCUGGUCCGUCGCCGCCACCUGUCAAGCCGCCGCUCAAAACAAGGCCGGUCUUUACGUCUGCCGUCUCUUUGUCGGUGUCGGCGAAGCCAUGUUUGGUCAAGCUAUGGCCCUUCACCUCUCCUUCUGGUACACCAAGUCCGACCUCGCCAAGCGAGUUGGUCUCUUUAUCAGUGCUGGUGCCGUCUCGGGUGCUUUUGGUGGUCUCAUCUCUUACGGUCGUAUCCUUUUCUUGAUCGAAGGUUGUCCCUCUGUGCUUUUGGCCAUCUGUGUCUUCCUCUUCAUGCCCAGUAAGCCUGAAAAGUCCAGAUACCUCAACGAGGACGAGAGGACCAUCUGCUUGACAAGGUUGAACGAAGAGCACAACGUGGAGUCUGAGCAGGGUAUCAACUGGGGCGGUGUGAAGCGAUGCUUGACCGACUGGAAGACUUACGCCAUCAGUGUCUCCUACUCUUGCAUGAACCUCACUCUCGGCUCUGUCAGCGGUUUCCUCCCCACCAUCGUCAAGGGCUUCGGCUACACCGACGCCAAGGCCCAGCUCAUGACCGUGCCCCCCUACGUCGUCUCCCUCGUCUUUAUGCUGUUCCUUACCUCCUUCUCCGAUUGGAAACAGUCCCGAGGUCUCCCCGCUGCUAGUGUGUUCUGCAUUGGUAUCGUCGGGUGGGCAAUUCUGUUGUCUAUGGACGCGGACAGCAACUAUUCGGCGAGGUACUUUGCGGUGAUCUGUGUCGUGACUGCUGGGUAUACCAAUAUCCCUAUCAUCAUGUCGUGGCAGAGUGGCUGUACCGGUAACCAGAGUCAGAGGGCUGCUUCGCUUGGUAUGCUCAACACCCUCGGACAAUGUCUCUCUUUGGCUGCUGCUUUCUUGUUCCCCAAGGUUGAAGGGCCUCAGUACACCAAGGGCGCUACCGUCAACCUUGCUAUGCAGAGCCUCGGUCUCGUCAUCGUCCUGUGCAUGACGACCUACUACAGAUGGGAGAAUGCCCGCAGAGACAAGGUUGAGGGCGGCAGGCCUGCCAAGGGUACCCCCAUCAAUGUCCGAGACGACUAUGACCUUGCUGUUGGUUUCCGAUAUGUGCCUUAG